AUGACUGGAUCAAGAGGCGGUGAGCUAGUCCUGUGGCUGGGCCGGGCCGACCUUUUUGCGGCGUCGGAUAUACCCCUCCAUCGCAGACUUCAACCAAAUUCUACUGCAGAAACCACACUCCCGAUCCCAAAACAAAAUCCUCCCGACCAAUCCCAAACCGAAGAAAUGGGAAACGGAGCAAAAGCAGCCUCGAAGCGCGACCGCAAGGGCGAGACCAAGGUCGUCGCCAAGUCGCAGCUCAAGGUCAACGAGAAAGCGAUGGACAUCCAGUGUGUCAUCUGCAAGUCCACGUUCCUGAAGACUUCGCGCGCCCCAGCUCUGACCGAUCAUGCCACCAACAAGCAUAGCAAGACUCUCACGGAGUGCUUCCCGACUUUCGUUGCGGCUCCGGCGAAGUAG